UUUUCGUACCCCGGAAAACGUGUAUGAAAAAAAAAUCACGCGGGAAAAAGCAGUGGUUCGGCCUGGAGUCGCCUUGUCACGGAAGUGGGGAGGCAUCUCCUUCGAGACUGCUGGCCGGAGAGAUGCAGUUGGCGAACGCAUGCAGUACGAGGAAAUACUUGGCUCUAGCUUUAUUCUUUUGUGUGCUGCCUUCAUAUGCAAAUGGAGCGUGCUACGUAAGACUCAUGAAACCAGGUAUGACCCAUUGUCAGGAUGACGUGGAUAAGACUUGGCACGCUGUAGGAUCCAAGUGGAGGAACAGUGCAUGUAUGGACUGUUCCUGUGGAGGAUGCUGCGAUGGGUAUUCCACCCCAGUCCGAAUCCCCGACGACUGCGUGUCAGUGUUUGAUUCAGAAGCAUGUGAAUACAAAGUUCACAAGCGGGAUGACCCCUCUGUCCCAUGCCCCAUUUUGGCAGCUGUAGGAAAGUGAUGGAAUAAUUGUUCUGCCCUGCUAUGACCUUACUUGGUUUGCAUGUUUGCUUAUGUUUUUCUCAACAGAAUCCAUUUUAAUACCUAAAUAAAUGAAUCCAUUCAUUAUAAACUUCUUUGUUUUUUGGG